AAACACCCAUAAUCCUCCUCGAACGAUUACGUAACCUACCAGCGUCUGUCGGGGAAAAACAGUUGACAGGAGCGAGAAGUAGGCCGAACAGGAUAAACAAAGCAAAUAUAUUGAAAAGAGCUUAGACGACUUUAAUAUUUGUCAUUAUUUUUAAUGCUUAAAAUGAGUAGCGUUUUUCUAAAGUUGUGUUGGAUCUGUUAAGGCGGAAAGUUUGUCGAAAAGAGAGUGCGUACACCUGUCGAACCGAAAUAGGUUAACGAAGCUAACCUGUGUUAGCACGUUAGCGUGCUAGCUGGCUGUUUGAACCCGAACAGGUGUGCCAGGUGGCCCGCCAGGCAGCCAUGUCCUCCCCUUCUUCGUCGUCCAGGCGCCAGUGGUGCUACUUGUGCGACCUGCCGAAGAUGCCAUGGACCGUGGUGUGGGACUUCAGCGAGGUGGUCUGCCGCGGUUGCGUUAACUACGAGGGGGCUAACCAGAUCGAGUUCCUGAUAGCAAGCGCCCGCCAGCUGAAGCGGAGUCACGGCAUGCAGGAUGGCAACGUGAGGUCGCCCGGCCCCUCUCCCAACAAACACGGCUCCUUAGCAAGAGCAGAGCCGGGGCCGGACGGCGGAAGGCAGCACGCGGAGCGCUUUGACCGGGGAGGGAGAGGGGAAGGCGGCGGGACGACGAUACGCGUGCCGCCCAACGGGCUGCACCGCGACGGGCAGCCGCCCCAAGAGAUGAACCGCCAGAGCCCCAGCAGCAGCCGGAGACCCAUGAUCGGAGCCGCCAUCCCGCCCAAUCUGGUGACUCAAAGCAUUGCGGGAAUGCCCGGCCUGCUUGCGGGUAUGCCAGCGGGUCUGACCGCCAGGACAGCGCCGAUGAGCAGCCCGAUGAUCUUCCCGGCGCCGGUGCUGGCUGAGAUGAGCCGCAGACAGCUGGGGAUCGGGAUCUCCUCCUUCAUCACUCCGGAGCUGGAACGGGAGCUCAUUUCCUCCCAGGCCAAGUCCCAGACUCAGACCCAGGCUGGCACCAGCGGCAGCAAGAGCACAAGCCUGUCUUCUUCGUCUUUUUCCAUGGCUGGAGGCGUGAGCCAGACGAGCCCGAAGCCCGCUUCAUCCCCGGCCAGGCAGCAACGCCCCCCGACGGCCCGGUCCGGAGCCGAGCCUCUGGGAUCCAGCAGCUCCGCGGAGGCAGCCACCACUGCUGCGGCGUUACCCAACAACGGUGCCUCCGAGCUGGGGUCGGCAUCUGUCAGCAACACCCAUCCGACCGGAAACACGCUGUCCUGCACGCUGUGCCAUGAGCGUCUGGAGGACACGCACUUUGUCCAGUGUCCAUCAGUGCCUGGGCACAGGUUCUGCUUCCCCUGCACCAGAGUGUACAUCCAGAGCCGGCGGGGCGACGGCGAGGUGUACUGCCCCAGUGGAGAGCGCUGCCCGCUGGAUAACUCUCCCAACAGCCCGCCCUGGGCCUUCAUGCAGGGAGAGGUCUCCACCAUCCUGGGCGCCGUUCCGGCUCCAGCGGGAUCCGCGUCGGCAGCAGCAUCCGGAGCCAGUUCAGGGUCAGGAGCUGCUCCAGCUUCUGGAUCAGGGAGCGGAGCAGCAGGCGGCACAGGUGGAGGUGGAUCAGGAGGAGUUGGAGGAGGAGGAGGAGGAGGAGACGUCACUGUUAAGAAAGAGAGAGAGACGUGAUGGUGACGCGGACUGAACAGCAGCAGCAGAUUUGGAUUCAGUACAAUAAGAGAUGUCUACACUGGACUGCUGAGGGACCCAGAAAAGAAACACAACAACCAACAAAACCAGAAAUCCUCCACUACACAGGUUCUAACUCCUCUGACUCGCAGUUCAGUUUAAACAGCAUCGUAACAGUUCAGAAGCUUCUGUUUUUCAUCAUAUUUUCCUUUAAACAUCACUUUUCUCACCUGAAAAGGACUCAAUACAUUAGUUGUCCUCAUUUAAAACGAAUGUAAAUUACAUUUCUACUCACCGAGUCGAAUCUCCAGCACAGGUCAACAUCUAAACAUUGGUUAUAGUUGAGUUUUUGCUGCAUCCUCAGUGAUGCACAGGUGCUAAACAUCACAUUAGAAAAGCACCACAACAUGUGAUUUAUGUCUCCAUGGCUUCAUGCAUAACAAUCCAAGUGCUUGGCUUUGUUUCUGUUUGAUAAACUCAAACAAAAAAGGCUAACCUGCACUGGCUCAGUUGGUAUACUAGGAUCACACCAACACAGCAGCUGACAUCCAGAUUUCUAGUUUUUCUGUGGCUGAAAAUAAAUAAAUUCAGUAACGUUUAGGAGCCGAAACUCGGUUCUUUCUUCUCGACACGACUGCAUAUUGUUUAUUUUUCUGUAUUUUAUAACUGAAUGUCCCCUAGAAAGCAAAAGGACUCCACAGAACAAAACAAAGCUAACAAUAAUUGUGCAUUAUAGAGAAAUUAAUGAAUUUUCAUAGUUUUAUAGUAGAAAACGGGAAAGAAAAAUGGAUCAAGCUUAAUGUUUUAAUCUUUGAUUAAACUCCAAAUGAUAAAAACGUGAAAACAAAUUACUCUUGCUGCGCUGAAGGUGGAAGAAACAACUGUUUCUGAAUUAAUUUUUAAUAUUUGUGUCAGAGAGACCAGAAACGUCAACUUUAUCUUACCCUACGAUGCUAGCAUGUCACUACUGACGCACAUGAAAUUUAAUAUUUUGCUUAAUUUCUUGAACAAAACGAAGUUAAACGCUAAUUAAAACGCCAACAACUCACAUUUCCCUCAACGGUAAUUAAACAGAAAUGCUUUUGCACCUAGACGCACUGAUAUAUCAUCUGAUAGAGGCUCAAAAUUUCCUUUUCUGAUCAGUUGGCGAUCCAGAAAUACCACCUGGUUGAACUGACAACACUCUUCAGUGUGGAAGUUAUCAUAGCAGGAAACCCAGAGAGCUGGACUUUGGUAUUUUGCUUCCCACCUUUGAAACAUUUCAUCGAAUUGAAGGAGACGGAGACUCUCCAGAGGCUGAACUCAUAAAUUACCAAACAGGUUGAUUAUAUCAGAGCGAAGUUGCUCUGUUUUAUACUUCAGAACUGCCUUUUGCCUGAUUUUAAAAGGGUUGGGAGCCUUUUGGAAAUCUAAGCAUUUUGUAGGGAACCCUACAUGCUAACCAUGCUAAUAGCUAAAGUAAAGAUAAUUUAAAAUGGUGGAACUCAAAAGAGUAAAACACUGUUUUACAGUGACCGCUCUCUCCUGCACACUGUUGGAUGUUACCUUUGCUACGUUUUUUAACGCUGUCAACUAAAUCGACUGAAGUCGGUAUAAUACGGAGCUCCCUACAGCCCCCUUCUUUUACCAUAUCUCGCAAUAAACUGGCUGAGAAAUCUGAAACUGAUGCCAUAUUGGCAGGUAACCGGCCACGACAUUUUGUGCUUUUAUUUCCUUUGCGCCAGCUUUAUGUGACUCUUUGUGAAACAGAGAAAGGAGAACGUUGGCACUCUGCUGAAAAAAACCUGAGUGAACUUGCACCCCGCUACCUUCUUCAAAUUUGACAAAAUUGGUGUCAAACAUUUGUGCAGCAAACAUUUUUAUUUGUGCCGCUAUUAUUUAAAAGAUAAUAAAAAAAGUUUCCAGAGGUCAUCAUUGAUAUCUUCAUAUCAAAAGGAGCACAAACAAAAAAUUUUGCCGAGUUGUUUGAUACCAAAUUUGUUUGAUUUUGUAAAUGUAGUAAAUGAUGGCGGCACAAACCAACCAUUUUUACUACACAAACGCAGCACAAACGUUUAACACAAAUUUUGAUAGAUUUGGGUAAUGUGGUUGACCUUUCGACCUUCAAACUUUCAUUUAAAAAAAUAAAAAUGUUUGCUGCACAAACAUAUCGUUUAGGAAGGUGGGGGUUCUGGUGGACCUUUCACAACUUCCAGAAACAUUUUUUAAUAUCCUUAAAAUGACAGCGGCACAAACAAAUAUUUUUGCUGCACAACAUAGCUGAGUUGAUUUGUAACAAAUUUGCUUGAUUUGUAAAAGUAAUAUCUUUAAAUUACUAGCAGCACGAAAAUGUUUACUCCACAAACAUUUGACACAAAUUUUGUCAGAUUGAUAUUUUCUAAACAAAAGCAGCACAAACAUUUUUUUGCUGCACAAAUGUAGUCGAGUUGAUUGACAGCAAUUUCUUUUAAGAAGUUGUGGCAGCUGUUUGACCUUUCAUGACCCCUGGAAACAUUUAAUGUCUUUAAGAUGAUAGCGGCACAAACAAGACAUUUUUGCUGCACAAACGUUUUACACCAAUUUUGUUAAAUUUGAAGAUGCUCAGGUCUGAAAGAAAUCAAGAAACUGACGCCAUGUUGGCAGUUUUUAUUUCCUUUACGCCAGCUUUACGUGACUCUUCGUGAAACCGAAGGAGAACGUUGGCGCGGUAAACUCGACUUUAACGUUGCUUUAUGCUCACAUCCAGCACAGCCUACGCUUUACCCCGAAUGUAUAUUUCAAAAGAUAUCUAUUGAUAGGCCUAGGAUUAUAUUUUAUACUAGAAUGUUAAAUGUUAUAUACUGUAAAGAUCUGUUAUAGUAUGUAUGUGCAAUCCCUUAGUCUUAGUAUAUGCAACAGUUUGAAAUAUGUUAUGAAAUAUAAUUGCGUAUCUUUUUUUACUUUUUUUUUUUAAGGGAGAAUCCACCUGAAAAAAUUGAUUCAUAAAGUUUUGUUUUCCCACAUAUGAUGAAUGUAUUUGUUCAUUUGCCAGAUUUUAUUUUAUGAAUUAAAAUGUUUGAAACUAAAGUGGGCGGGGCCAACGUUCGAGCUGAGUUUGUGUUUUGGGUCGAUUCUCCCUUUAUGUGCACGAUGCACGCACAAACCAAAGGUCAUGUUCAGCCCAACCUGAUGUUUCUGGAUGUAAAUGUUUAAUAAAAAAUUAUUUUUAGUUGUUUGUUGACCAGGAUUCACCUGCGAUGGAGUGUUAGGGUCAUUUUAGAUGACAGAAAAACAAUAAAUCUCAGUUAAAAAUAUUUAAAAAACUACAUUUGAUGUAUUUACAAGAAAAAUUAUCAGUCGUAAAUCUGCAAAAAAAAAUGCAAAUUUUUCAUGAUUUAAAUAAAUUUACAAAUUUGUAAUAAAACUAAAUUUGACCAUAAAUGCCACUUUUGAUGAAAGGAAAAAUAUGUUUUCAAUAAAAACCUAAAAAAACAUAAAAAAGUAUUUAACAGAAAAAAGUACUGAAAAAUCACGAAUUUGCAAGAAAAAAAUACAAAGUUGUCGUAAUUUCAAGACAUAAAUUUACAAUAUUAAAGCUAAGAUGUUCUCUGACAGAAAGUUCUGAAUUUUUCAAUGUUAGCCAAAAUCUUAGCUUAAAUAUUUUAAGUAUGGAAAGUAUCAAACUUUUUCAGAUAAAUGUUUCUGAUGAAUUGGAGUGUUAUUCAUUGAAAUUUCUGAAUGUUUUAAAUCCUUGCUUUAAUAUUGUAAAUUUAUGCUGUGAGUCAUGGAAAGUUACCAUUUUUAUCUUGUGACUUUAUAGCAUUUAACAUUCGAGACAUUUUUUUCUUGUAAAUAUGUGAAAUUUGACAAACUUCUAUUUUUUAUUAAGUUCAGUCUAGAACAGCCUUAAUACUCUGUCAUAGGAUUCAAACGGAUGUUUUUCUUCAGUUUUAUCUCUCCUGUGUUCUGUUAUACAAUGGGAUGUAAUAAUUAAUCGUGUUCAACAUGUAAUAUCCCUCAGAUUGGCUCUGUUUUUGGAGAAAUGUCUAGAGAAUUUGAUAUAAAGUAUAAUAUGCACUGAUACGUAAUGCAAUCCCUCGGUAAGUGCCUUUUUAAAAACGUCUACCAUCUGUCUGUGUGGGAACCUCAGGGGAAGCAGUGGACUCUGUGAUGUCGUUGGAAAAACCCAAAUCAGUUUCCCUCCAAACGCCAUCACAGCGCUUUUCCUUUUUAUCUGAAGCUUUUGUAAAGUCAGCUGGCAUUUUGUUUGGCCGUUUCGUCCCCCUUUGUGUUUGGAGUUUGUUUUUAUCAAUGUUCUUGUUUUUGUAGAGCUUUUUGUUUUACUGCAGCUUCAUGUACAAAAUAGAAACCAUCAAUAAACGGGAUGGAAACUUG